AAUAAUUUUCUCUUUUUUUUUUAUGAAAAGAGAAAAAAUCCAUUUCAGUUCAAAAUCAUCCAGCACACUUCAGUCCCAGAGUUUCUGAGACAGAUAAUCAAAAUGAACAGUCCAUCUAUUUCUCCAACAAAUCCAGAUAUUGAAAACAACAAAAAUCAGGCAACUUGCAGCACCAAAGGAGGAGAAGUUUCAAGAUUCAGAGGCUUUGAUCAUUCCUUUACGGAAAAGAACAGCAGAAGAUCGAUGAUGAAGAACUCGAGAAUGAAGUUUCAUUCCAAAUCUAUGCCAAGAGGGUCGGUGUUUCUCGAUCAAGAUCGCUCUAGAAACUUCCAGAACCUUCGCGAUCAGGACCAGAGGUAUGACCUGUUCAGGACAUUCUCGGUGAAGCUCGAGGGGCAGAUAUCGAGUUUACCUAAGGAGGGUUCUUCUCUGCAGAGCAACAGAGAGGUCAUCAAUGGCGGUUUAACUGUUGACAGAUUCUUUGACGCUCUUCAAGGGCCGGAACUCGAGACUCUCAGGGAUUCGGAGGAAAUCCUGUUGCCGGACGACAAGAAAUGGCCGUUUCUUCUGAGGUUUCCGAUAACGUCGUUCGGAAUGUGUCUCGGAAUAAGCAGCCAAGCCAUAAUGUGGAAGACUUUAGCCACGACCGAGGCCGAGAAGUUUCUGAACGUGACCCAGAUGACCAAUCACGCUCUCUGGUGGAUCUCUCUCUUCCUCCUCCUCGCUUUCUCAUCGGCUUACAUCCUCAAGGCUUUCCUCUACUUCGAGGCUGUUCGUCGUGAAUUCCAACACCCGAUUCGUGUCAACUUCUUCUUCGCUCCUCUCAUCUCAACCCUCUUCUUAGCUCUCGGAAUCCCACAUUCCAUUGUCUCAGAUCUUCCCAAGAUUCUCUGGUACAUUCUCAUGGCUCCGAUCUUGUGUUUAGAGCUGAAGAUCUACGGACAGUGGAUGUCCGGUGGGCAAAGGAGACUGUCCAAAGUCGCAAACCCUACAAAUCACUUAUCCAUUGUCGGAAACUUUGUCGGAGCUUUGUUGGGUGCGUCAAUGGGGCUGAAAGAAGGACCCAUCUUCUUCUUCGCCAUUGGAAUGUCUCAUUACUUAGUCUUGUUCGUCACUCUCUACCAAAGGCUUCCCACAAAUGAAACCCUUCCUAAAGAGCUUCAUCCUGUGUUCUUCCUCUUCGUCGCCGCACCAGCUGUCGCCUCCAUGGCCUGGACUAAGAUCUCUGGCUCUUUCGAUCUUGGAUCUCGCUUCGCUUACUUCAUCUCCUUGUUUUUGUACUUCUCUCUGGUUGUCCGGGUUAAUUUCUUCCGUGGAUUCAAAUUCACGUUGGCAUGGUGGGCUUACACGUUUCCGAUGACGGCGGCAGCGACGGCGGCGAUCAAGUACUCCGGCGAAGUGGCCGGAGUUCCGACACAGAUUCUGUCGGUUUUGUUGUCGGGAGCAGCAACUCUGACGGUGAUAGGUGUCUUCGUGAUGACUAUGAUGCAUGCUUUUGUUCUACGCGACCUCUUCCCUAACGAUAUCGCCAUCGCCAUCAGUGUGGAGCAGCCGAAGCAGAGGAGAUGGUUCAAACAGUUCAAUGACACAAGUUUGAGGAAAAUUGGUAAUUAUUUGAAAGUUUUGGACUCUAACGAUAAUAAAGCAGAUGUAGAAGCCCCUCCUGUGAGAAAAAUAGAAGAAUACGGUUCGAGGGUAAAUUAGCUGCAAAAUGAGGGGCCUCGAUACAAAUUGUAUUUGUUUUUUGAAAUUGAUCACA